AUAAACAUUUGUUACCCUUAUCUCUUUGAUAUUAGAAUAAUUUCAAAUGGAAUUUCGGGGAGUAAUCUUUGUUAGUUUUCUUAUUUUUCAACUUGGAGUUAACUCCAAUGCCUUUUCAAUGAAUGAUUUGAUAAGCAAAUUGCCAGGACAACCAGAUGUUAAUUUCAGGCAAUUUGCUGGAUAUAUUGAUGUGGAUGAAAAUGUCGUUGGUCGAAGUCUUUUUUACUAUUUUGUUGAAGCUGAAAAGAUCCCUAAUCAACCCCUCACUGUUUGGCUAACUGGAGGACCAGGGUGUUCUUCAGUUGGAGAUGCCUUUGGAAGUGUUGGUCCUUUUAUUGUUACAAAAGAUGCUCAUGGUCUCCAAACAAAUAUCUUAUCUUGGAACAAAGUAUCAAAUCUAUUGUUUAUCGACUCCCCUAUUGGAUCUGGAUGGUCGUAUUCAAACACAAGUAGUGAUUAUAAUAACGGAGAUGAUAGCACUAAUAAAAUAUUGCUUACAUUUAUGCAAAAAUGGUAUGAAAAAUAUCCAGUCUUCAAGUCAAAAGAUCUAUAUCUAGCUGGAUCAAGUUUUGCAGGACACUUCGUACCAAAUCUUGCUAAUGCUUUACUCGACGACAACAAGCAAUCCAAACAGUCGAAAUUUAACCUCAAAGGAUUGGUUCUGGGAAACCCAAUGCUUCGUAAAAAGCUAGACGAUAUUGCAAAAAUUGAUUUCUUUUUCUCUCGGGAGAUGAUAAACAGCUCGUUGUAUAACGAAAUCAAGAAAGAAUGCAACGCCAUUGAUGAAAAUAAUUACUUUUCUAGCAUCAAAACCACUUGGAGCACAAAAUGCAAAAACCUUGUGUUUGAGGCCGAUUUGGCUGCGUUCAAGACCGAUGCUCAUAAUUACUCCCCACAGAAGCUAUUUGAUGUGUUUCGCCCUCCUUGUGCUGAAACUGAGCAAGAUUUGAACUUAGGAAAACAGGUUCCUAUAGUUAGCACAGAAGUAGACAUGUGCCAUCCAUUAAGGGUGCAAUUUUACUUUAAUCUCCCGGAAGUUCAAAAAGCUUUCCAUGGGAAUCAAACAAACUUGUCAUAUAGAUGGAAGGGUUGUUUCACAGCUAAUUUUAAAUACAACGAAGCUGAUAAGGACCUUGACAUGCUUCCUGCGCUUAAAAAUCUUCUUCAACUAUCCGUUCCCAUUACAAUAUUCAGUGGAGAUCAAGAUGGUAUAAUACCGAUAGAGGGAACCUUACAACAUUUGGAAAAGUUGGCCGAGGAGUUAAACAUCAAGUUAACAAAAAAGGAAACAUGGAAUUUUGGAACCAAGGAAGGAGGGUUGAAGUAUGAAUUUGGGGACUUACUAAAAUUCUUGACGGUGAAGGGAGGUAAUCAUCAUGUUACAUCUUCUCGACCAUCACAAGCGUUUUCUAUUUUCACAAGUUUCACAAUUAAAUGGAUGCAUUGAGGAUUGGUGAUGAAACUUAUGGAGCACACGAUCAUGAUUCAUGUUGAAUCCAUUAUUCACCAUAAUAAGACUUGUCGUUGUAAUAAUUUAUUGCGAUGACAUGUAUUAUUUUAUGAUGCAUGGACAUCAUAAAUUUUUAUAUUAUGCAAUAAUAUAAUUAGUUAAAUCAUCUG